AUGCCAAAAUACUUUUGUGAUUACUGUGAUACAUACCUAACGCAUGAUUCCCCUACUGUGAGAAAAACACAUGUUACUGGCAGGAAACACAUAGAUAACGUGAAAUAUGUUUAUCAGAAACUAAUGGAUGAUGAAACCCAGAGAAUGAUUGAUGCUACAACUGCUGCUUUCAGAGCCAAACAAAAGGCAACGAACCCGUUCGCACCAGUAGGAGCGAUGGGUUCUGUUCACCCAACACAUCCUAUGUUGAUGCAUCCCGUGAUGACAGGGCCUCCUCAAAUACCUCCUCACACGAUGAUGAGACCUGGUGGUGGAGUGCCUCAAAUCAUGACGGGAUUCAAUGUUCUACCACCUUACAUGAUGAUACCACCACAAGCACCUAUGAUGCCACCACAAGUACCUAUGAUGGCCCGUAAAAGCUAA